AUGUUUCUGACCAUAUGUUUCCGCGACAUCAUUUUAUCCUUUCUCCAAAAGCUUUUUUACAUUUUACAAGAGCUAAAUUUGGAUACUUGUCUGUUCUUCCCUCAGCUGAUUUUCUACACUCUCGAUCGAUUAGCCCAAGCCGCAUUUGGCAAGGAUUCGCGUGUGGCAUUCUGCCACCUGUAUUUGCUCAACUGGAGCGCUCAGUACGAAACUCUAGAUUAUCCGCCCGCGUCUGGUCCGUACGCAGCCUAUCAGCAAGAGGAAUUCCAUCUCAUGUUGGGACGCAUUAUUUCCUAG